GUUUAACUUCACAUAAACUCCACGUGUUCCUCUUCCGGGUGGAAAAUCGCUGUUGAAGAGUUUUUAUUUCAUUUUUAAUUUAUUUUAUUUUAUUUUAUUUUAUUUCAGGGGGGGGGGGAACCAUUCUGUGGCGUGUCCGAUUUCCACACGGACCACAGUCGCGCAGGGAUCGUAAAUACAGCUCUCCGGCUCCGGCAGAGAAACGAACGAUGAAGACUUCGCACAGAAAAUCUACACUUCGAUGAGGCGCAGCGGGAUUUCCAGUCGAGGUGAAGGCCGAGCCGCGAAGUUCGCUGGUGCCGGUGUGAGGCAGUGAAUCGGUCCGGGGAUGGAGUCGUGCGGACGGGCCGGACUCAGCGGGGUCCUGUGCUCCCUGUCGCUGCUGUGUGUCAUCCUGGACAUCCAGCUGGACGGUGUCUUGGGGGCGACUCAUGUUGAGAUUGAGCACCACUUGGAAAUGGGCCGCAAACUUUUGGCAGCCGGUCAGCUGGCAGAGGCCUUGUCCCACUACCACUCUGCUGUGGAGGGAGACUCUAAGAAUUACCUGACCUACUACAAGCGAGCUGCUGUUUUCCUGGCGAUGGGAAAAUCCAAAUCUGCCCUGCCCGAUCUGACGAGAGCCAUCCAGCUCAAGCCUGACUUUCUGGCUGCCAGGUUGCAGAGAGGGAAUAUCCUGUUAAAGCAAGGCAACACGCAGGAGGCCUUGGAGGACUUUGAAGCAGUGUUGCACCGCUCUCCAGAACAUGAAGAAGCUCACAUCCAGCUAACAAAAGCAAACGAGCUGGAGGAGCUGCAGGAGGCCGCCCAUGCUGCGUACCACCAAGGAGACUACAAUGCUGCCAUCAAUGAGCUGGAGAGAGUUAUUGAGUUAUCUCCCUGGGAUCCUGAGUCUCGGGAGCUUCGCGCAGAAUGCUUCAUCCGAAUGGGCGACCCACAGAAAGCCAUCCAGGAUCUGACGCCAACAGUAAGGCUGCGCAAUGACAACCGCGCUGCCUUCCUGAAGCUCAGUAUGCUCCACUACAGCCUCGGAGAGCACCACGAGUCUCUCAAUCACAUCCGAGAGUGUCUCAAGCUCGACCAGGAUGACAAGGAGUGUUUCAGCCACUACAAGCAGGUGAAGAAACUCAGCAAACAGCUGGACGCAGCAGAGGAGCUCAUUCAAGAGGCUGGGUAUCAGGAGGCCAUUGAUAAGUAUGAAUCAGUGAUGAAAACGGAGCCUAACAUAGUUUACUACACCAACCUGGCCAAAGAGCGGAUCUGCUUCUGUCUUGUCAAGAUCAAGUUGGCUCCGGAGGCGAUAGACGCAUGUUCAGAAGCCCAUCAGAGGACCCCCCGCAACACCAACGUCCUCCGAGACCGAGCGGAGGCUUACAUCCUCAACCAGGACUACGAGAAAGCGGUGGAGGACUACCAGGAGGCGAGAGAGUUUGAUAGCGAAAGCAACGAAAUCAGAGAAGGACUGGAACGAGCACAGAGACUGCUCAAAGUCUCUCGGAAGAGAGACUACUACAAGAUCCUCGGUGUCAACAGGAAUGCCAACAAGCAGGAGAUCAUCAAGGCGUACAGGAAGCUGGCACAGCAGUGGCAUCCAGACAACUUCCAGUCGGAGACCGAGAAGAAGGAGGCGGAAAAGAAAUUUAUCGACAUCGCGUCAGCUAAAGAGGUUCUAACCGACCCAGAAAUGAGGCAGAAGUUUGAUGCUGGCGAGGAUCCGCUGGACCCAGAAAACCAGCAGGGUGGUGGAGGACAACAGAACUGGCCUUUUCACUUCAACCCGUUUGAUUCUGGGGGCAGCUUCCACUUCAAGUUCCAGUACAACUAGACUGAGUAGGAUGACUUUACGAACACACGGACAGUUAGAGGGGUGGGCGGGGGACAUUUUCAGACAGAGGAGACAUUGGCAGAAGAUUUAUGGAGGCGUCUUUCUCCAGAACUUGUGUUUCAGCCUGGAUUUAAGGGUUACUGAUUUUUUUCAGAGGCUUGAGCUUUUUAGUAAAAGAACCUGGACUUCUUACCACAAAAUCUAAAGACAGAGUUACUUCAAGCUGCUAUCCUUAGGAACGUAAUGGUGAUGGUUGAAGGCAUUGGACUUUUUUUUUGGGACGUUUGCUCUUAUUACUAAUUUCUCUUUUUGUGCCAUUUUUUAAAAAACCUUAUUGAGGAACUUUGUUUUUUUAAUCUGCGUGGACAUAGAUGACUGUCGGUUUUCUUCGCAGUAUUCAUUUAAAGGAAUCAAAUGUUUACUGAUCUCAGUCGAUAUUCUUCACAAUGUCAAAGCAGCUCCUCACCAGAGAAACUAAAUCUGUUGCUUCUAAUGAAACCAAGAGUCACACGUUGUCGAGCUUCCACAUGAAUGUGAACUUUUACAGCUUGUGAGUGUAGAAGUCCUGAAAUCCUAUGGAUCUUAAAUCAUUGUAGCCACUCUGUGAAUGUUUUUUAAGUUCGCUUUAAAUUACCAUUUUAUUUUGUUCAGUCACUUAAUUGGAAUAACAUGUCAAGUUUAGUUAGAAAUAUAAAUUUGUUCAUGGGCCAUAUGUUGAACUGUACGAUGGAGUAUCAGAAAAAAAAAUCAGAGAUUUUGAGCAAACAUUUGUGAUUUAAUUAGAAAUAAGUCAAUUAAUGUGAGAGAAAGAAAAUAAUUUUGGAAACUACAAAACCUUGAUCUUGCAAACUCUUUUCAAAAUCCUGAUACUUAUGAUAAUGUGAAGUAUUUUAUUAGUGAAACCUACAUUCAACUAUUUAUUGCACAAAGUUGUGGCAACUGAUGACUGAGUGAAGAACUGUUUUAUUUCUCUCCUCCUCUUUACUGUUUUUGCAGCAAAUCUUUUUCAUGCACUUUUACCCCAGUUGGAAAACAAAAAAAAACACUCCGUGGUCUCCACCCUGAAAUGUUACUGCAGACGUUUAAGAGCCUUUGAAAGACUCUUUGCAAACCAGGUGUGUCUUCAGUGGCUUAUCUGAUGGUGUCAUAGAUACGGUCUCAAAGAAAGCGCACACGUCAAAUGUUAUACUGAGGUGUAUUUGGUCCACCAGGUUGCACUGAGGCACAAACUGCAAACUAAAGGUCUAAUCAAAGGCCUAUUUUACUGACUUGAAAGACAACUGUUUCAACCAUUUGUUUUUUUUUUAGCACAAUUUAAGUUAUUCUGUCAAAUGACUGAUCCUGCUUUGAAUCCCAUCUACUUUUUAAUUGUGUGAACAAAUGUCGACAGGCUCUUUGUAUUUAAAUCAACUGAGUAGGACUGUUUGGUUUCUGGGUUUUCUGUUGUAAGCAACACCAAUUGUAUCUGUUGCCAGACUGAUGCAGCUGACAUGUUCAAGUGUAUUAAAAUACUGACACAAUCAAACUUCCUCAUAUUCUGUAAAACAUAAUAAAAGAGGGCAGCGACGCAAAGUCUCAAA